UCCAGGCGGCGAGUUGCAUUCUGUGGCCGGUGUGUGGGGAACUGUACUUCAGUCUACCCGUCUCCGACGCCAAGGGCGUCAUGAACCGCGAGACCUUCGCGGCGGGCGAGCGGCUGGUGUCACCGGCUUACGUGCGGCAGGGCUGUGAGGCCCGCCACUCGCACGAGCACCUCAUACGGCUGCUUCUGGAGAAGGGCAAGUGUCCAGAAGAUGGUUGGGAUGAAAGUACUCUUGAACUCUUUUUACAUGAGCUUGCUGUCAUGGAUAGCAACAAUUUCUUGGGCAAUUGUGGUGUGGGAGAAAGGGAAGGGAGAGUGGCAUCUGCGUUAGUUGCUCGUCGUCAUUACAGGCUCAUUCAUGGGAUUGGACGAUCGGGGGAUAUUUCUGCUGUGCAACCAAAAGCUGCAGGCUCUAGCCUUUUGAACAAGAUUACUAAUUCUUUGGUCCUGGACAUCAUAAAGUUGGCUGGUGUGCACACAGUGGCCAGUUGCUUUGUAGUUCCUAUGGCAACUGGUAUGAGUCUAACUCUGUGUUUCUUAACAUUACGACACAGAAGACCAAAGGCAAAGUAUAUCAUAUGGCCACGAAUAGACCAGAAAUCCUGUUUUAAAUCCAUGAUCACCGCAGGUUUUGAGCCGGUGGUGAUAGAAAACGUGUUGGAGGGUGAUGAGCUGCGCACAGACCUGAAAGCCGUGGAGGCUAAAGUCCAGGAACUUGGGCCUGAUAAUGUUCUGUGUGUUCAUUCUACUACAUCCUGUUUUGCUCCAAGGGUGCCUGAUAGAUUAGAAGAGCUGGCUGUGAUUUGUGCUAAUUAUGACAUUCCACAUAUAGUCAACAAUGCCUAUGGAGUGCAGUCUUCAAAGUGCAUGCAUCUUAUUCAGCAGGGUGCUCGGGUUGGUAGAAUAGAUGCUUUCGUUCAGAGCUUGGACAAGAAUUUUAUGGUCCCAGUAGGUGGCGCUAUAAUUGCUGGCUUUAAUGAUACCUUCAUACAGGAAAUCAGCAAGAUGUAUCCAGGAAGAGCUUCAGCUUCACCUUCUUUAGAUGUCCUUAUUACUUUGUUAUCACUUGGAUCAAAUGGCUAUAAGAGGCUGUUAAAAGAAAGAAAGGAAAUGUUUUCAUAUUUGUCCAGUCAACUAAAGAAGUUGUCAGAAGCCUACAGUGAAAGAUUAUUGCAGACACCUCACAAUCCCAUUUCGUUAGCUGUGACACUUAAGACACUAGAUGAACACCAGGAUAGAGCUGUCACUCAGCUUGGCUCAAUGCUUUUUACCAGACAGGUUUCUGGAGCCAGGGUUGUGCCUCUUGGGUCUGUGCAAACUGUGAGUGGCUACACUUUCAGUGGCUUUAUGUCCCAUACAGAUAAUUACCCUUGUGCUUACCUCAAUGCUGCAGCAGCCAUCGGAAUGAAGAUACAGGAUGUGGACUUGUUCAUAAAAAGACUUGACAGAUGUUUAAAGACACUAAGGAAAGAAGGAAAGAAGGACAGCGAUGUAUCUGUAGUUGACAAUUAUGACAAAACUAAAGAUGUGGAUAUUGAAGAAAUGGCUUUAAAACUAGAUAAUGUACUUCUUGAUACGUAUCAGGAUACUUCUUCAUGAUGUGUGAGAUGUUUCUUUUUGAUAAUUUGAAAGAAAUAGUAUGGCUACAGUACAUAAAGGCAGUUUAAAGAAAGGAACUGAAAUUUUUGAAUUGAGAAUUUUAUAGAGAAUAUUCAGUUGAGGACUAGACUGUGGUCUGAGUUAGCUCUUGAUGGUUGCUGUUUUUUAUUUUUAGACUGCCUCAAUCUUUUUGAUUCUUGACAGGUUAAAAUAUGCAAUUAGCAUUUUUCUAAUUGUUAGAAUAUUUGUCAAUUAAGCAUCAUGGUUCAGAUAAUUCAUAGAAAUAUAAUCACUGUAAAAUCACCUCUAAUUCUCUUUGAAACUUAGAGUGCUUCUUCCUAACCAUUCUCCAGUAUUCACAAAUCACUUAUAUUUCUGAUCAUACAGAAUCUCUAAUGCUGCUGUUAUUGAACCUUCCCUCAGGUGUCACAGCGUGCCUGUAAGAGACCUUAUCAAAGGAGCAGAGGCAAGACGUAAACUUCCAUUUAGAUGCCAGAGCAGCGGUUCUCAACUGGGGAUGAUUUGCUUAUAUCUAAGCAAUGUUUAGGGACAUUUUUGGUUGUUGCAGCUGGUGGGAUAUUAUUGACAUUUGGUGGGAGAGGCCAUGGGUGCUGCUCAGCAUCCUGUAAUGAAUGCAUCAAUUCCUGGAACAGAAUUUACCAGUCUAAGAUGUCAGUGAUGCUGAAGUUGAGACACAAUACUCUGAAAUCCAUGAAAUCCUCAAAUGUAGAGGAGUUUUCCAUAACAACCUUAGUUAUGCAGUAGUUACAGUCAUGUGCUGCAUGACGACAGCAAGGGACUACAUGUUAGAUAGUAGUUCCAUAAGAUUUUAUUACCUAGUGACAUCAUAUCCAUUUGGGUUUUUUUUUUUGGUGGUACUGAGGAUUGAGCCCAGAGGCACUUUUCCACUGAGCUACAUCCCCAGUCCUUUUCAUUUUUAAUUUUGAAACGGGUUCACUAAAUUGUUGGAGAUGGCCCUGAACUUGUGGUCCUCCUGCCUCAGCCUCCUGAGUCACUGGGAUUACAAGAGUAUUCCACCAAACCCACAGCCAUCUUGGUUUGUGUAACUAUUACUUUCAUGUUCACUUAACAGCUCCACUAAUGAUCUCAGACCACAUCUCCAUCAUUAAGCAACACAUGACUGUCCUCCAAGAAGCUAGCUCUAGAAAUUUUAUCAACUAUACUGCAUAGAGAACCUUAAGUGAUAACUAGGGUAACGAGUUCUAAACAUGUCAUUAUAAAUUGUUCUUUAUGGAACUUGCACAUUUUUCCAUUUGGGCAAGUGAAAACUUUAUUUCACUUGCUGUUUUUGCUUUAAACAAACUUGUAUAUUGAUUAGUUUGCUCAGGUGUGUGCUCAGCCACCAUCAAGAUUGGCUAACCAAGGGUAUUUUGUAACAUAUUUUUGCUAGGGAGGUAAAAGUUAUGUUGUAUGAUAAAUGGAUGUAUUACUCUUUUCUGUGCCCAUAUGCUCAUAUUCUGAGUCUAAAAUUCCAGGUUUAUUGACUUAACAAUGAUUUUUAUUAAUUUUAAGAAAUUGACUAAUGUCUCAAAGCCUAAGGAGUUGAUGAAGCCUCUGAAUACACUACCUUGCCAAGGCCAUGUUUCCCAAAACCUGUUCUGUGAAGCAUUUUUUUCAAUUGAGAGAUGCUGGGGAGUGGUGUGUAUGGGGGGACGUGGAGGGGGGAAGGUCCUGUAGACAAAUAAUUUGGGAAACACUUUUGUAGACCUGCUCAUGGCAUAUUGAAAGCUCUAGAAAACUCCUUUAGUAAAGAUUAAUUCAGUUUGACUAUGUCCUAAUCCAAAGAGAAACCUGUUUUUAAAGUAAGAUACUACUUAUUAACAUCCCCUUCAGCAUACAUUCAAACUACAGUGGGAGACACUGUGUUGACUCACAGGUUGUAGUUUUCCUGAUUUGGUGAUGUCAACUGUUCGAGAAAGUUUCCUGGUAUGUUGGUGAUGUGUGCAUUAUCUUAGAUCCUUUUAAACACGAACUUGGGCAGAGGCCACUCCCUUUAAUGUCUAAGUCAGAAUGCUUCAGACACUGGUUUGAUAGCCUUAAAAGUCAAAACUGGGUUUAGAUGAAAUACUUAGCUCAUAUAAAUAUUAUAAAGGUUAUUUUAAAAUCUAUAAUAUUUGGGGGUUUCACGCAUUUCAAUUACAAGAACUCAUUCCAAAGGAGUAAAUACUGGGUUGCAAAGUUACAUAAUGUUUUCUGUGUGAAUUUGGGACUAAAUUGUAGAACCAACAAAGAUGAACCAGGCACAAACCAACCCUUGGAGUCCGAGAUGGGACCAGAGCGAUGCUGCAGAUGUAAGUGCUGGCAGUGCAGCGUGCCCUGCGUGUGAGCCAAAACUGCUUUGUAGAGCGAGUGAUCUAUACCGUGUGGUCAUCAUUUAGAUUAAGAAAGGCCAGAGUCAAGGGUCGAGCACAUCUCUUCAUCUGCAGUGCAUCAGCAGUUCUUGGGCUUCAGCUGCUGAAUAGAUAAUAACUAAUUAAAGGUAAAUUACAUGAACCCACGGGUGAGUGAUAGAUACGCUAAAACAUUUUGUUCCUGAUGCACAAAAUCAACUGUAAUUUUUACUGUAACCGCCCCCUCCCUUGUCAAGUGUUUUUGAAAUUCCAGGUCUGGUCCAGCUGACUUCACAUGGACCCUGAGGUCACAGAACUCACCAAGUGUUUGAAGGGAUGAUGUUGCUUCUGUCUCUUCAGGCUUCCUUUGCCCCCACCCCAGGGUCAUCUUCCUCCCUCUCCCAUUUCUACCUACAUAAAAGUCUUAAAAAGUGUAUACAUAACUUUCUAUAAAUUGCUAGCCUCAUAAUCUGUUACCUUGAACUGUGUCAGGGCCAAUAGGGAAGAAUUUUCUAUCUCCUGUCUUUGUGGUCCCUUAUUAACAAGGCCAUCAGAUUAAAAUUUGGGAGUUGGGGUUUUAAAGUCACUGAGCUGUAUUGGAGGAGUCUGCCCAGAAAAGAAAAUGGAAUAACAUGAACUCUUGUUUUGGUCACUUACAGAGCAGGGAGAGGGGCUUUAAAUCAUGCUCUUACUUUGGCUCUCGAUCCUUUGCAGAUGAGUCUUUCUAUAAGGGGAUGAUAUGUGAUUCUAGCCUCAGGAACCCCAUGUUCAACUAUAAAUCUUCCUAUUUAGCUUUUUGUGUUAGUUGAAUUAAGUUGCAGGAUAUGAAUUAUUGAAUGCAAUUCUGUUUAGCCAAUAGGCACUUGAUGAACAGAAUGGUAAAUAUAAAUUAAAUUCUAAUUUACAUAAUUCUGCAGUGGUUCUCUUUAACAACUCAUAAUAAGAACUGUCAUUGAGACCCGAGCUUAGAUGUGCUUUUAUUUUUAGACUAUGCCUGUGGUUUCCAUAGAUUUUAGUGAAAUUUAAAUUAAACAAAGGUGUUUUUGUUGCCGCUGUUGUUUUACUGGUGAUGUUGCUUUAAUAAUGAAUUAGCUCAUUCUGAGAGUUAAAUUCUGUGUCCCUUCAUAAUCAACAAUUGAAAACAAUAGCAACAGCAAUAAAAAAAAAUCCACGAAUCUCUUAUACUCAAGAGAAGUUUUUGGAAUACACACACAUUUUGCUGCACAUAAAAAUUGGAUUUACUUUUCCCACUAACUUGUUCUAAUUUCUGCCAAGCUCUCACGUGGUUUUGUUAUGUUUUACAUUCAUGAGCCUGAGGUUAUUUUUGCAAUUUUAGAAAAAUCCAGUUUUGAAUUCAUUAGAAAUUAUUUCAGACCUCCGAAAAGUUUGAUGAUAAGAAUUGAUUGAAUAUGUUGUUACAGGUUUUUUUUUGUUGUUGUUAUUGUUUGUUUGUUUGUUUGUUUUUUAAGAGUCCCUGCAGCAGUCUUCCCUUUGUCAGGUUGCUUUGUGACUCCUGUGGUCUAGUCUAGUCCAGGGUCUGACUUACCUACUUUGUCCUCUUGUGCCUUGCUUUUUACUUUCAUUCUGUCCAUUAUGUACAGUGUAAGAUGGUGAGUCGAGGGCUAAUGAAUGCCUUUGUCACUUUCCACCUCAUAUUCUACAUUUCAAACUGAGGCCUUCAGCAGAACUUGGAAAUGUUCUUCUGUUGUGUCAGGUGCUGUCAACAUGGGCUUCUGGAGCAGUGUGAGGAAAGGUGAUGUUCCACUGUACAACUGGGAGCAGUUUUAGCCAUGAGAAUGUGAAGCUGAUGUCAGCCUGCUAACUGUAUGUCUUAUAAAAGGGAAGAAAAUGUUUCCUGGGAUAUUUUUGGUGUAGACUGUUUAAAUAUAAAAUUGAAUUGUAUAAUUUAUUACAUGAAAUUAAUUUUUAAUAAACACUAAUAGUACCUCA